AUGUCCCUGUGCGCAUUCUCCGACUCUCUUUCCCGGCUUGCGUCGAGUUGUCCCAUCCUCAAGCCCAACGAGACCCUCUACGGCGCCAGGAUGGGUUUCUCAACCCGCUUCCUCCGCAUUCCGCGGCCAGAGACCUUUCUCUAUGUCAUGACUCUCGAGACGGGUGCUUCUCUGAUCACCAUGUCGCUGUUGCUCAACAAGAUCAGCGGUCUCUACGGCCUUCUCGCCCUGCUGACCGGAUAUGGCCUUUCUCCGAUCCAAUUAUCUAUGUAUAUAUACUCACUUCUCGUCCUUGGUCUCGCUGUGUGCUUGUUCCCGCAUAUUCGACAACAGUCCCCGCUCCAAUGCCUCGGGCUCGCUUGGCUUUACCUGAUCGAUAGCGUCAUCAAUGCCGCCUACACGGCUGGAUUUGCUGUUGCAUGGUUUUUGACAAUCUCGCAGAACUAUGGCAAGUCCGAGUCCAAGCUGCGCACACCCACCGCCCCGGCCGAUCCGAAUAUCGUCACUGCUGUUAAGUUUGUCAGAAGCACUGAGAGCCUCAACGUGGUCCUUCAGCCCGAGAGCUUGCAGAGUAUCAUCUUCAUCUGCUUUAUGUGGGUGGUUCGUGUUUAUUUCGUUCUCGUCAUGCUUGCUUUUGCUCGUCAGACCCUACGCCUGUAUGUCUCCGUGCCCCGUCAUACUCAGCUUCCGACGCAUAGCCGUAAUACCUCUGUUGCCAGCAUGGCCGAUAUCGAUCGUGAACCGUUCUCUCCAUAUAGUCCAGAUGGACAGGGCUGGAAGGGUAAGCUUGGGCGCAUCAUGAUCACCGUCGGGCGCAGUUAUUGGUUAGGUGACGAAGAAGAGACGAAAAACGUGAACUGGGUCGGCAGUCUUCAUCGGCGGUUUCGCAGUCUUGGGGCCAGCACUGAUCUCUCCGGCCCUAUCGAGAGGGAGAGAAGGCGCCGUUCCGGAACUGGGCCUCCCCAGCCAUCUCAGUCUGUCUUUCAAUCCGUUGGUUUGCAACAGCAACCGAUUCCAGAGCAAGCCCCGCUUGGGAAUGUGAAGAUACAGAACUGGAGUGAGGCUAGCAGGUAG